GAGUGGUACAAUAUACCGAUCGAUCGUUUAAAAUUUCUGCCAGUCGACGUCGACCCGGUCGAUCGACAGCACGUCCGCACAAACGCGCUCCGCAUCGGCUGUCCGCAUAUCUUUCACGAAGAAUCCUGACAAUCGUACAUCGAUUACAACGAGGGACCUAUUUUUUUCAAGGUGUUAAUUUAUAAUCCACGAAUUUCAAAUCGGGUGUAAGUGUACGCGCGUGUGUAACGGUUAAUUGGAUGAGAAGAAUACUUUGGACGUUGGACGAAUGAGAAACGACAAAAUGGAUACUAAAACUCUGCGAAUCGUAUCCGGUCUACUUUUUUGCAUCUUUUUGGGCCCGCAUAUCGGACAGGCGAAAAAUGGACCGAACUAUGGAAGGGAGAUCGGUUCGUUUCAAGAAUAUGCACAUGGUAUCAAAGGGAUUAUAUAUGCCGCAGACGAUAGUACGAUAUUCAUAAAAGGAUUCUCUUAUGAUGGAAGAGGUCCAGAUGCAUAUUUUUGGGUCGGCAAUAGUACAAGACCCAGUCCCGACGGUUACAUCGUACCAUAUCCCGAAGAUUACAAGGGCAGAGAUCCACCAGUAUUGAAGGCAUUCGACAAUGCCGACAUUGUCUUAAGGUUACCACAAGGGAAACGCUUGCGAGACAUUAAAUGGCUAAGCGUUUGGUGCAGAAGAUUUACCAUAUAAAAAAGUAC